UCUUUUAUUUGCCUUUGCAGUUUUUAACUUGUUCGGUAAAAGAGGUUUUAAUGUGACUGUUGGUUGGGAGCUUCAAAAACGGCAAUUGGGUCCUUAGUAAGCUGUCUCUCAUGAGCUGAGAUAAACGAUACGAGUGACAAAAAAAGGUUUCAAGAAUGGGAAAAUUCUAUGACAUGGAUGAUAUUAUUACGGAUGAAGAGGUUGUCUCGAUUGUGUUUGAAAAGGCAGCAUGUGGAGUGGGAAUCGAUCCAAGUUCCGAAACUGACAGUGUUGAAGUGGGUUCAAAGGUAGAGCUGCCUUUUUGGCUUGCACACGAGUUGCAACUGAGACAAGCAGUAUCAAUGAAUAUUCCCACUUGUUUCAAUCAAAAAACGAGGUUGGAAAUACAGGCUGAUUCUGCAUGUGUGGAUCUGAGAUCUCGAUGCCCAUUCUUCUAUGAAUUUGGAUGCAAGAUAGCACCACUCGUGGGUGUUAGAACCAUUGGACCUUUGCUCCUAUCUGCGUUUAAGAGCAGGUACAAGGAAGUCCUCACCAAGGCACACACUGCAGCAUUUCCAGCAGCUUCCAAGCAUCUAACAAUUUUGACAAAAGAAGAAACUAAUUUGUAUGAGGCUGCUCAAUCCUCAAUGACAGCCUUUAAGAGGUGGCGAAUGGGUGGCCCCAGAUUUCAGAGAGCUUCCGUUCUUGGUAGGAAGAGAAAAUCAACUGAUUAGUUACCAUAUCUUUCUUUAUGAUUAAUCUCCAUCACAACGGGGGCCUUGUCCGUGAGUAUUUGAGAUCUGUGCCCAGAGUUUGUAUACAUGAAUGAAAUAUAAUGUAAGAUGCUAAUUGAAAACACUUUAGAGAGCAGUAUUUCAUUGAUUAACCGAAGGCCCUGAAGUAGCGUUCGAACAAUAUGAUGUGGUUGCAAUAAAGCGUUGGAGCAAUAUUUGAUCUCCA